CCCGGUGAUUACACAGAGUGGAGGAGAACCACAUAGCCCAGCAUGACUUACUGCGCCUGCUUAUUUAUCCAGCAGUUACUGGGUGAACCUAUGGGAUGGUAAUCAUUUUGAUUCUCACAUCUAAAUGCCUUCUUAUCAGCUCCUGUUUUAUAGUUUAGUUUUGAGGUAUAGUUGUGAAUUCGCCAAGUUCCAUCUGCUGGUUUUGGAUCAAGAAUCAUCUGCCUGGGAUUUUUGAAUCUGUCAGGACACAGAGGUUCGGUGUAAUCGGUGUUGUGCUUAAGUUCGGUGUAACUUUAUUAAGGACUGCUCCUGGACAUGCACCCGGGUGUGCGGGUCUGUGUGUCCUCUGCGGCCGUGCUGGGCUCCUUUUGCCGAGGCUGUCUCAGCAGGGCGCGGAGCUGGCCCGGCCGCACCUUCAGUUCUUUGCCCAGGCAGAUGAGCAGGUGGAACAGCCAGGACACCUGCAGCCCCCCACCUCCUCAGGAAAACGUGCGCGUGCUCAUCACAGGUGGGCUCGGGCAGUUAGGUGUGGGACUUGCACAGAUGCUGAGAAAACAGUACGGAACCGAUAAUGUUAUCCUGUCAGACAUCAAGAAGCCGCCGCCUCACGUGUACACUAGUGGCCCGUUUGUAUACGCUGACGUUUUGGACUACAAGCACCUUCGAGAACUUAUUGUAAAUAAUCGCAUCACUUGGCUGGUCCACUACAGUGCUCUGCUUAGCGCUGUGGGUGAGGCUAAUGUGGCUUUGGCACGAAAGAUCAACAUCACAGGCCUACAUAAUGUGCUGGACUUGGCCCUGGAGAACUGUUUGCGCCUCUUUGUCCCCAGCACUAUUGGAGCAUUUGGUCCUUCUUCUCCACGUGACCCAGCCCCUGAUCUCUGUGUUCAAAGACCUCGAACCAUCUACGGCGUGUCUAAAGUGCAUGGUGAACUGAUGGGGGAGUAUCUCCAUCAUAAAUAUGGUUUGGACUUCCGCUGCCUACGUUACCCUGGCGUGAUAUCGGUUAACACACCUCCCGGUGGAGGAACUACAGACUAUGCAGUUCAAAUCUUCCAUGAUGCUCUCAGCACAGGUCACCACGAGUGCUACCUGCGACCAGACACCCGUCUUCCCAUGAUGCAUAUCUCUGACUGCCACCGUGCCACAAUAGAGUUCAUGCAGGCUCCAGAGUGCCAGCUGUCAUUGCGUACCUAUAACAUAGCUGCCAUGAGCUUCACUCCUGAAGAGGUGGCCCAAGAAAUCCGCAAGCAUCUCCCUCACCUCAAGGUCACCUACAAUCCCGACACUGUCCGCCAGACUAUUGCAGACAGUUGGCCUGUGAGAUUUGAUGACACCAAUGCCAGGAGAGACUGGGGCUGGGCACCAGCCUUCGGGCUCGAGGAGCUGGUGACAGACAUGCUGCGCUCCAUCCGAGACAAGAGGACCAAUGAGGGUUUGCCGGUCAGCUAGCAAAACCUGCUCCACAAAGACUAACCAGGACCUUACCCCUGACUUUUCUUCAGUCUGCAUUUACCAACAGUACAUUUUGUUUUACUUCACUUUUACAAAUUGUCAUCCAGAAACUUCUGUUUGUCUGGAGCAUCACUGCAACGUGCCAGGGACUAACUGUAAAAUGGGAAUUCUCAGUCAUAACCUCUUUAUAUUCAGUGGAAAGUGCGAUGUCAUACACAUGUACACCAAAACACACACUUCAGUCUUUUCAGGGAAUCAUAUAAUGUCAAACCUUCUCUUCAUCUUUGUUGUUUUUAAUUGUUCUCAUUAGUAUAAGCAUCACUUUACACAUGGGCAAGUUGCCUCAGAUGGAAAAGAAACAUUUAUUAAACUUUAAAGAGUUUCAAGCGUCAUGUUAAUCACAUGCACGGACACGGCCAUGUGUUACAGUGUCUGUUACAAUAUCUAAUACAACAUGGACGAGUUUCAUGUGUAGAAUGACAAAUCUGUUGGACAUUUUGAAUCCAGGAUCAUCUGGAAUGACUGGCUCAGUUAACUUUGGAUUGUAACAAAACAUAAUGUAUUCUGGCUGUUCUGUAAAGCACUCUUUUAUAAUAUAAUCUAUCAAGUGAAACUCACACUACAUACAACCCCACUACCCUUGCCGUGGCACCGAACAGGAAGCCUUUAUUUUACCUUUUUGCCAGCGGUGUGAUUACGGAUAUGAAUGAGUAACAGUAUCAAACAAGGCCUUAUUUACUUAGGAAAACAAUAUAUUUUAAAAAAUGCUGUGUACU